CUCCUAACUGUGGCGGAAAGGCUGAUGUUUGCCUGGGUUCACAAUUGGUCGAGUGGGGGGAAGAGGUAAAUUUCGAAAAAACAAAAACCCCAGUACCGCACAGUAGUUCUUCAGAAAAGCUUGCCUCUUCGAACGAAUCGCCAAAAGACGUUCCUUUAACGAAAGGCUCACCGCCACAUUUCCAAAAACAAUCGUGUCCCUGGCUGAUCUUUAUUUUUUUCUUUCCUCCUGCCGGGCCAGAGCUCUGACCCUUCAUUCACUUAAGCGGAUAAGAGGAGAAAUCGGCCACUUGCAGACACGAACCCAGUCUAAACCAAAAAACAAAAGGGGGAGGGGGGGGAAUCAAAGAACCCUGCAAUAACUCGGCCUUCAGCGCCCCGGGGUGCCUCCUCCCGGGCGGUUGAGCAGCGCGAAAAGCCGCCCUCCCCCCCCCCCUCGCAGGCUCUGGAAUAACGGUCAGGCGGAGCGGCGGGCAGCUGUGCGCAGCGCAAGGACCCCUCUGGGCCUACCUCUCUUUUCAGUGGGCCGCAGCCUGCGGGUCUCCAGUCCGAGCCGAGAGACGGGGGAGGCCGGGACCGCCCGCCUAUCCUGCACGCUGAGGGGGUGUUGUUUUGGGAUUGGGAGUAAUCGAGAGCCGAGGGGGUGAGGAGGAGUCCCCGAGGGGGAGGAGGAGGACGGAACAAAGGAGGCCGCGAUCGGGAGACCCGAAUGAGAAACGUCGCCUGUAGCGAACGGCCGUCUCCAGUGGCGAUUUAACCCCGAUGAAAAUAGUGAAGUGGGGGCGCCGGGCCUGUGGUGGGAAGCGGAGCGGCGUGUCCGCCGUCGGUCGAGGGUUGUGAGCCUUAAAGGAGAGCCGAAGAGCAGCAGCAGGGAGAGAUCGAGGUGAAGCCUAGGGGUGCGUUUCCAGUUACUCCUCACACGUAACCUCAUCGGGCUGGAUUUUAUUUUCGGCUUUGGCGUUGGGCUAGGCGCACACACACACACACAUACACAAAAAAGGGAAGUUAUCAUCUGGGGACGGCAAGAACUCCUCUCGCAAGUUGGGACGCCACUUUCCCGAAGUUUUCUUAAAAGUGUCGGAAGACGGAAACGAGCGGGGGGUUCAUGCGAGUCCGUGCGCCGCUGUGUCGUGAGGACUUGAAGGGAAACGCGAACUUCUUCAGUCUGUGGGACACGUCGCGCCACAACAACAACAACAAUGGAGGAAAAUGACAACAUGGACUAUUUUUACCAGCAAGUAUUGCAGAAGGACGUGACCCGGCGGCUGCAGGUCGGCCAAGAGCUGAUCGACUACCUCAGCGAUGCGCAGCGGUCGGCGGAUGUGGAGCAGGAGAAGGCUCGCCUGGAUAAAACUAUCGACGAGUUAACGGGGUGGGUUAACUCCAGUAAUUACAAGGUGGCGUUGAUGGGUAUAGAUAUCGUUAGUGCAUUCGUGGAUCGGCUCUCGGAACGCUUUAAAGGGUACAUAGGAACUGUUGUCCCUGCCCUGAUUGACAGACUAGGUGAUUCCAAAGACCAAGUUCGAGAGCAGUCUCAGAACCUCAUCCUCAAACUGAUGGACCAGGCUGCCCCAGUCAUGUAUGUUUGGGAAAGACUGCUCCCUGGCUUCAAACACAAGAACUUCCGGUGUCGAGAAGCAUUGUGCCUCUGUCUCAUUGCAACUUUAAACACGUGUGGGGCCCAGCCUUUAACCCUCAGCAAAAUCGUUCCGUUCCUGUGCACGCUGGCCGAGGACUCGAACGCUCAGGUGAGAGAAACUGCAAUAGCAGCAGUCGUGGAUGUGUAUCGCCAUGUGGGAGAGAAAGUGAGAGCCGACCUCAGCAGGAGAGGCCUCCCAGCUGCACGACUGCAAGUGAUCCUGAGCAAGUUUGACGAAGCCCUGAAUUCUGGAAACAUGGUUUUAAGCUAUGGCCUGGACAAAAGCUUCGAUGACGACGAGUCUGUGGACGGGAACAGGCCCUCGUCCGCCCAGUCCGCGUUCAAGGUUCCUGCGCCGAAACGGCCCGGCAACCCCAGUGGCGGUUCCCGGAGGCCCAGCGCCACGGCCGGACCCAAGAUCGGAGGUCAGUCCAAGGAAGGAGCAGGUGCAGUUGAUGAAGAUGACUUUAUCAAAGCAUUCACAGAUGUUCCCACAGUACAGAUUUACUCCAGCAGAGACCUGGAAGAGAAUCUGAACAAGAUUCGUGAAAUCCUCUCGGAUGACAAGCAUGACUGGGAUCAGAGAGCCGGUGCGCUGAAAAAGGUCCGCUCUCUGCUGGUCGCUGGGGCCGCGGACUACGACUGUUUUUACCAGCACCUGCGGUUGCUAGAUGGAGCUUUCAAGUUGUCAGCCAAGGACCUGCGCUCCCAGGUGGUGCGGGAGGCAUGCAUCACUGUGGCCCAUCUUUCCACUGUUCUGGGCAACAAGUUCGACCACGGGGCUGAAGCCAUUGUGCCUAUUCUGUUUAACCUGAUCCCCAACUGCGCCAAGGUCAUGGCGACAUCAGGCGUGGCAGCGAUCAGAUUCGUCAUCCGGCAUACUCACGUUCCAAGGCUGAUCCCCUUAAUUACCAGCAACUGCACAUCGAAAUCGGUAGCGGUCAGACGGCGGUGUUACGAUUUCCUAGACCUGUUGCUGCAGGAGUGGCAGACCCACUCCCUAGAAAGGCAUGCAGCGGUUCUGGUGGAGAGCAUCAAGAAGGGCAUCCGAGAUGCCGACGCAGAGGCAAGAGUGGAGGCCCGGAAGGCUUACUGGGGGCUGCGGAACCAUUUCCCCACCGAGGCCGACGCCCUGUAUAACUCCCUGGAGCCGUCCUACCAGCGCACCCUGCAGUCCUGCCUGAAGAGCUCGGGCAGCGUGGCAUCGCUGCCGCCAUCCGACCGCUCCUCCUCCAGCUCGCAGGAGAGCCUCAAUCGGCCUCUGUCUUCCAAGUGGUCAGGAGCACCAGGAAGAGUUCCUGUGCAGGCGAAGACGGCCCCCAGCCCCGGGUCUCUGCAGCGCUCCCGGAGCGACAUCGACGUGAACGCGGCAGCCGGGGCCAAGGCCCGACAUGGCGGACCGAGCGCUGGGGCUGGGCGCCUCACGGCCGCCGGCCUCCCCCCGGGCUCCUACGCGUCCCUAGAUGACACCUCAGAUAAGACGGAUGGAGCUGUGUCAGAUGAUGGCCAGCUGCGCACCAAGAGGACCCUGUCCACGGUCUCGGGGGGGAUCGGGAGCAGCCAGGUGGACUCCAGAGGCCGCAGCAGAAAUAAAGUGGUCUCCCAGUCCCAACGUUUAGAAGAGCCCCAGUGUCAUCCAGGAUCACAGUCCGCUAACCCCAUCGGUGCCGGCAGCCGGUCUGGCUCCCCGGGCCGCGUGCUCGCCAGCACGGCGCUCAGCACCGUGAGCUCCGGCGUGCAGCGGGUGCUGGUCGGCGGCAGCGCGCAGAAGCGCAGCAGGAUCCCGCGGAGCCAGGGCUGCAGCCGGGACUCCAGCCCCACGCGGCUCUCCGUAGCACCCUCAAACCACCAGCAAAUCUUCAAUGGAGGCAGCAGAGGAGCACGAGGCAGCCGCAUCCCUCGUCCUAGCGUGAGUCAGGGCUGUAGCCGAGAGGCCAGCCGGGAGAGCAGCAGGGACACGAGCCCUGUCCGCUCUUUCCAGCCCCUUGCUUCCAGACACCACUCCAGGUCCACCGGUGCCCUCUACACCCCUGAUGUAUUUGGGGCCCCAGGUUCAGGUUAUGGAAUCAGUCAGUCCAGCAGACUGUCGUCGUCUGUAAGCGCCAUGAGGGUCCUCAACACGGGCUCUGACGUGGAGGAGGCUGUGGCGGAUGCUCUGCUGUUAGGAGACAUGAGGAGCAAGAAGAAGCCCGCGAGGAGGCGGUACGAGACCUUCGGGAUGUACUCGGACGACGACGCCAACAGCGACGCCUCCAGCGCCUGCUCGGAGCGCUCCUACAGCUCCCGCAACGGCAGCAUCCCCACCUACAUGCGGCAGACGGAGGACGUGGCCGAGGUGCUGAACCGCUGCGCCAGCUCCAACUGGUCGGAGCGGAAGGAGGGCCUGCUCGGGCUGCAGAGCCUCCUCCGGAACCAGAGGACGCUCAGCCGCGUUGAACUGAAAAGACUUUGUGAAAUCUUCACAAGAAUGUUUGCAGACCCGCAUAGCAAGAGAGUGUUCAGCAUGUUCCUGGAAACGCUGGUUGACUUCAUCCAGGUCCACAAGGAGGAUCUCCAGGACUGGCUCUUUGUGCUGCUAACACAGCUCUUAAAGAAGAUGGGGGCGGACUUGCUCGGGUCCGUACAGGCCAAGGUCCAGAAAGCUUUGGAUGUCACAAGGGAGUCGUUUCCUAAUGAUCUGCAGUUUAACAUUUUGAUGAGGUUCACAGUGGACCAGACUCAGACACCUAAUCUGAAGGUGAAAGUCGCCAUCCUGAAGUACAUCGAGACCCUGGCCAUGCAGAUGGACGCGCCGGACUUCGUCAACUCCAGCGAGACGCGCCUGGCCGUGUCCCGGAUCAUCACCUGGACCACGGAGCCCAAGAGCUCGGACGUGAGGAAGGCUGCCCAGGCGGUUUUAAUUUCCCUGUUCCAACUCAACACCCCCGAAUUCACCAUGCUGCUGGCCGCGUUACCAAAAACGUUUCAGGACGGCGCCACCAAACUCCUGCAGAACCACCUGCGCAACAGCGGCAACUCGGCUCAGGCCCCCACUGGCAGCCCUUUGAUUCGCCACACGCCGCGCUCUCCUGCCAGCUGGUCCAGCCCUCUCACCUCCCCGACCAGCUCCUCGCAGCUCUUACCGAGCACUGCGUUUGACUACGACACAGAAAACAUGAAUUCGGAGGACAUCUACAGCUCUCUGAGGGGAGUGACGGAGGCCAUCCAGAACUUCAGCGUGCGCAGUCAGGAGGACAUGAACGAGCCCGACAGACGAGAGUCGAAGAAGGACGGGGAGGGAGAAGCCGUGGUCGGCGGCGUCCAUGACCCGCGGGGCGGCGGAGACGCCGUCGACUCGGGCCGCACCGCCCUGGACAACAAGACCUCCCUCCUCAACACCAUGCCCCUGCAGCCGGCCAGCCUGCGCUCCCGCGACUACAACCCCUUCAGCUACUCCGAGCCCUACGGCCGGGCCUUCAGCAAGACCGCCCUGACGGAGGCCGUGUUCGACGACGACGCCGAGCAGUUCCCCGAGGGCAGCAAACUGGACCAGUCGGAGCUGGUGGCGGAGCUGCUGAAGGAGCUGUCCAACCACAACGAGCGCGUGGAGGAGCGCAAGGCGGCGCUGUGCGAGCUGAUGAAGCUGAUCCGCGACGACCUGCUGGCCGUGUGGGACGAGCACUUCAAGACCAUCCUGCUGCUGCUGCUGGAGACGCUGGGCGACAGGGAGCAUGUGAUCAGAGCUUUGGCUCUGAGGGUGCUGAAGGAAAUCCUCAGCAAGCAGCCCACACGCUUCAAGAACUACGCGGAGCUCACCAUAAUGAAGACGCUGGAGGCCCACAAGGAUCCCAACAAAGAGGUGGUUCGAGCAGCAGAAGACGCAGCAGCGAUGCUGGCGACCUCCAUCAGCCCGGACCAGUGCAUCAAGGUGCUGUGUCCCAUUAUCCAGACGGCAGACUACCCCAUCAACCUGGCCGCCAUCAAAAUGCAAACCAAGGUCAUUGACCGGGUCCCCCACGACACCCUCAACCAGCUCCUACCCGAGAUCGUCCCUGGAUUAAUACAGGGCUAUGACAAUUCGGAGAGCAGCGUGCGCAAGGCCUGCGUCUUCUGCCUCGUCGCGAUCCACGCCGUCAUCGGAGAGGAGCUCAACCCACACCUGAGUCAGCUGUCCAGCAGCAAGUGGAAGCUGUUGAAUUUGUACAUCAUCCGAUCUAAGAGUGGCUCGACCGGCGGCGACCCCACAGCAGACAUGGCGGGCCAGGGCUUGUAAGGCAGAGAACCAUCGAGCAGCGGCCAGAGGCUGGGGCUCACUGGCAAUCGGGCUGCCGAGCCACGCCCACCACCUCUCUUAACGACAGUGCUUCUCCUCCCCGUAAUUUCUAACCGGAUGGACCUCCAUCCCAUCUGCAUGUUAACUGUCACACUAAGCUGUCUGGAAUCGAAGAAGGGGGGUACAGUAUUAGUGUUCGCUCAUCAAGAGAAGAGAAAAAAAAAAACCCGAUCAGUUUAUCGAGUAUUCUGGUCGAUUUUGAUUUUAAAAUUCCUAUGUAAUAUAAAAAAAAAAAGCGUGCUGGUAGCUGAAAGUUCUCUCGUGGCACCGCCAGACUAAAUGCAGUGCAGAUGGCCUAAUUCCUAGACUGGACACUCAACACAGCCAUCAGGCUGGCACUGAAUAAACGCCAGUCACUCAAUAGCUCACUCGUGGAUCCUUAACCACCAUACAGAGAACUAAAUAAACCGAAGUCUGGUAACGUUUUGGCUUUUGUCUUUGUCGGCGUUAACUCUUACAGGUCAUGUCCAGCCGCUGGUUUAGAAGAUUAAAAGUGAAGAUUCGCACAGCCUUUUGCUUCGAUUUUUUUUUUUUCCUAACAAAGAAAACAAGCCACUCGUAUCGCAAAAACGUCACUUAGAAAUGCGCAUUGCCCUCGUGAUUCAGUUCUGCAAUUUAUAGUUACAGGUUUCUUUGAACUCAAAAGGCUGCUUUUGUGGGAGAAUAAAAGUAGUUCUAGUAUCAUUCUGGGAUGAAAAGCUUUGUCAUUUUGCCCUAAGGUAUUUUUUCUAUGGAUUUUAUGAUUAAAUGUUUGAGAUUCCUGGAUGGAUUACGGAAUACCUGAAGCAUUUUAAGUUCUUGCAUAGUAAAAGGAAGAUGGCCCUAACAGAAUCAUUUCCUGUCUGUGGAUCAGUUAUUCAGUCUGCAUGUCUGGUAGGCUUUGCUGACUGAGUGGAUGGAUGUCAUCUCUAGAUGCCUGUGAUUUUCUUCAAUCGAAACGCCUGAGUGGGUUUCACUGGUCAAGCACUGGUGUGUUUCUGUCUCCUCUCAAAAAGUUUAGCGGAAAUUGGGCAGAAGAUGCCGAGCUAUUCAUUUGUUCUUGCAAAAUGGCAUAGGUACCAUGAAAGUUCUCUUAAGCCUCUCAUUUUCUUCAGUGGUAUUACAUCUGCAUGGUUAUACCCGAUAUACAAGGAAACAUUCCUUCUUUUUCACUUGCAUUGGUGCUUUCAGUGGAUUGCAUUGGUAUCUUACUGUCAGCCUUUUAACAGUGGCUAACUCCGAGUUCAUUUUAAGGAAAGGACACCCUCCCAUCUUAGAACGGUGGAUCUGGACAAGGUGUGUGGUUACAGGGACACUCCAGAAAUGUUCAUAUAUAUAUAUACAUUUAACAAGCUUCUAAUGUGUGAUGAGCAGUUUUUGCUAGGGUACUGCCAGUUGCAAAUGUGUUUUACCUGAAUUCAGAAAUGAGGUCUGUGUUGCAGUAGGUGUCUGCACAGUGGUACGUUCCGAAGGGGAGUUAGGAAUAUGUCACAGGUCAAAGUCUGCAUGGUGGUUAACUUCUCAGUGACUUUGUUUGGGCACGGGUAAACUCUUUUCUGAUCCCUUCCGGUUCUGUUUGACGGGACGUCCCAACACUCUGACCCCACGCCGUGCAUUUCUGGGCGCUUUCUGAACCUCCGUUACUCGCGGCUGCUUUCGUGCUUGAUGUCAUUUCCUGUCCAGGGGGGAGCGAUUCCGAUGGCGUACAAGCGUGUCCGGAUAUUGGCAAUCAUUUCACGAGAUCCAAACAAAAAAAAAAAACAAGGUCAGUUUGUUUGGCAGUUUGUUUCCCGGAGGUAAAAAGUCAGCAUUGAUCCGAUUUGUUUUUCUGUUGUGGCAAAAGUAGUCUCUUUUUUCUUAAAUGAGAAAGAAACUUGUAGAAAUGUAUCUACUGACAUGAAAGGCGAAACUCUUGUCAAUGUCUCCUUUUUUUAAUAGUCACUUUUUUUUUGUUUUCCUUCCUGUGAGUGUAACAUUCUAGUUUCCACUGUUGUUACUUUUUGUGUAUUUAUAGAUCUGUGCUUACAGUUGUGCAUAUACCUGCAAUAAAAUUGUACAUAACAUUACCUGAGAGACAA